CAUAAAGGCAAAUGAUCAUCAUGACAUUUGCGGUGACCUUCACGCAUGAUCCACGUAGAUCUCGUGGCAAAGCACAGGUAUCACUCAACGAAUUGGUAUCGUCUAAUGGAUCAACAUAAUUAUUUCCCUAUCCCCCAGGUAAUAUGGCUUCGCUCGGGGAAACACUGGAUUUGAACCCGUUCUUGCCCGGCAGAGGCCAUUCCUUUAUCCGAACCUCACGAAUAGGUCGAGUGCCAUUUCCAUGCGGUAUGUAGUCCGAAAUGCGCACUAUUGUCGGAUUACGGAAUAUGGUCCUGUAGCAUGGUUAUAUAAAAGAUGAUGACGGUUGUACGUUUAAUCCACCCAUUUUAUCCCUUCUAGCGUUCUCCGGAGAUGGCGCGCAGCCUAGUCGUCGCCAGUAUUGGUUUACUCUGUUCGAGCUCUUUCGCAUCAGCCCUUUCGUGGAACGCGACAGAAUACAUGUUUGUAUUUGGAGACUCGUACAGCACCGAUGGAUACAACAUCUCUGCUGGUAUCAACUCACCAGUCCCGGGAUAUACUUCAUCAGAUGGUCAGAACUGGGUUCAAUUUUUGACCGGUACAUACAACCAAAAGGCCGUGAAGACCUUCGACUUGGCGUACAGUGGUGCAACAAUAGAUGCAGCCCUUGUUCCACCUUAUCGACCCACUGUGCUCUCUGUGGUUGAUCAGGUGGCUCAAUUCGACAAGUACCUAGCAUCCAAGCCUUCUGGCGCCGCAUGGGACAGUACAAACAGUCUGUUCGCUGUGUGGAUUGGGAUAAAUGAUAUUGGAAACUCUGAAAGCUGGACCAACAUCACUCGAGUUAAAUUCUAUGGAACUCUCAUGGACCGUCUGUUUUCCCAGGUUGAAGAUUUGCACUCAAAGGGCGCUCGAUCGUUCUUGUUCCUCACUGUUCCAUCUGUGAAUCGCGCACCCCUCUACAUCCAGCAGGGUCCAAAGGCUGCAGCGAAAAUGGGCACCAACGUUGCUGAGUACAAUACGCAACUCACGCAAUCCGUACGAACCUUCAAAUCCAAGCACCCGGACCUUGACACCGUCACUGUGGUGGACACUCAGCCCAUCUUCAACGUACUUCUUGACAACUGGCAGACUUUCGGUUUCGUGAAUGUCACUGGUUACUGCGAAGCUUACGAAAAUGGCACUCCCACUACCACGUACCAGGUUGAGGAUUGUGCACCUGUGUCGAACUACUUCUGGCUUAACGAUCUGCACCCACUAUUCACUGUUCACAACAUUUUGGCAAAGGCGGUCUCCACCGCCCUUAGUGGUUACCCUGCCACGCAGAUCGCCAUCUAAACCUGAAUCCUCGUCACCACUUUUAUACAACGUUCGGUUGAGCCGUAGGGUGUGUGAUCUCGGCUAUUCUCAAAACAGUCAAGAGUUAGCGGAAUUUGUACAUGACCCAAGUUCACUGUUGACUGGAGCGAAGACGUGGGCUAGCCAAUUCUGAAGUCGUGCGUCCGUAUGGUGGUCAAAUGUUUCAAUGAGAAUCUAGCAGAACCAUCUGGCUUGAAGAGUUGCGAAAGACAUAAUUGAGCAUGUUGCGAAGAUGACCAGUCCAUUCAGGCAGAAGACGCAUUCAGGAACAGAGACUACAGCCGAAUAGAUAGACCUAGAUGAGCAACACGUAGAAACCUAUCCUCAAAUCUGAUGGUGC